UUUUAAUCUUUGGUUUUGUUCUGACAUGUCUGACGUCCCAUCAAGGUCCCCUUCCUUUCCCAGUCUCCUCUUACAUUACAUUAGCUUUCCCGUAAUUUAACAUCUGUUUUCUUUCCUUCCUCUCUCUCUCCUUUUUUGUUAUCUUUCACCCUCUUUCAUCGUGUUUUGUUUUGUCCUCCGAUGAUGAGCCACUCAAAGAAAAGGGACAUCUCCAGUUCCAGAGGCAACAGUCAGUGUAACUGACCAAAACUAGCCAACCACUUACGCACUUUUUGAUCAUGUUGAUGCUGCUCACGAAAAUGCAGGUGAAGGUCGAUCAUCUGAUCUGGAUUACGAAGAACAUUGGUUGGACUGACACAGCUGCUUGUAUGUAGUCUAGAAUAGCUUUAACCCCACCGAUCGAACUCAAUCAUGAAACCCAUAAUUGACCUUGAAGUUGAUGCCCCGGAAACCGAGUCCGAUGUUAGCAGCCAAGUAGCUUCGAACUUGUACACCCAAGAAGCAUCAGUUGCUCCCUCUAAUGAAACAAAUUUAGAACCUGUUUCACUUGAUUUAACUCUAUGUUUUAACAUCGAUGGGAGAGAUUCCGUAGGUCUCUCAUUCACAAGCACAAGUGAAAGCAGCAACAUUGACCCUGCAUUGCGCACAACAGCGUCAGCUAUCCCUCGAGUUUUCUCCUGCAACUAUUGCCAACGCAAGUUCUUUAGUUCCCAGGCUCUUGGCGGCCACCAGAACGCUCAUAAAAGAGAAAGAACGUUGGCAAAGCGGGCAAUGCGAAUGGGGAUUUUCUCAGACAGGUAUGCAAGUCUUAGUCUCGCUACUUUGCCUCUGCAUGGCAUGGCCACCUCUUUCAGGUCAUUGGGGAUAAAAGCACACUGUUUGGCGCACCAAAGCUUUGCACCAGCUACAAGAACACCAGACACCAGAAACAAUGCUAUAGUUGAACAUGGUUAUCUUGGUCUGCCAAUCUUCAUGGAAGACGAUGAGGCGGAGCUGUUGUGGCCUGGUAGUUUCCGUCAGAUAGCUCAGGCAGCUGCAGGAGGUAGUAAUGCUGAUCAUCCAGGUUUUGUACUGCCUGGAAGUUCUAAUAUGAAUUUUGUAGAGGUUAAAGAACCAGUGGACUUGGAAGACAGUUCAGCACCAGACCUGACCUUGAAACUUUGAUGCUUUGCCUCUUGAAAAACAAAUUCAUGACCAUAUCUUAAAGUUGAUCUCACAUUCGCUCCCAAUUACUCCGGAGUCUAAUAUUAAACAAAGUAAAAGUUCUGAGAGUUUAUUUUCUUUAUUCCUAGAACUUUGAAAACAAGAUCCUGCUUGGAGAUACUAAUCUUUUUACCAGUCCGUAGUCCGUUCAUUAUCUUGAAUUUGCUUCUUUUGUACAGCAAGACGCGCACAGAACUAUGCCUGAGCCUGGCUAGCCUUUUCCCUCUGCUUUAAUUUUUCUCUACAGGUGUUUCUUAUUAAUUAAACUUUUUUUUUCC